GUGACAUCAAAUUACAGUGUAGAUACCUUAGCUCAGUUCAAACUUAACAAUACAUUAAAUGAGGAAAAGAUAAAAUAUGUAGUUGUAAGUAUUAAGACACACAACCUCUAUAUAUACCAUUAUCUUACUGAGUUCGUUCAAACAUAUUUGCGGUCACGAAAAGUCCAAUGACAUUUGUCGAGUAGAUAUGAACAAGGCAACAUGAAACGUGUUCUUGUAUUUAUAAUUUGUGCUGGGUUUGUGAUAGAAAAAGAUAUACCAAACAUUGAAAGUGUUAUAACGUUGUCGGACGGAUUGCUUAUUCAGUGGAGUUGGAAAGGCAACGCUAAUUCUAUUGAUGGUUUUAAAAUAAAAGUAUGGAUUGUUGAAAGCCAAGAACAAGGAUAUUUUAACUUAGUGAAUGGAGACCAAAUACCUGGAUUAACUUUAAAUCACAACGCUGUAGAGGAAUUUGACCAAGACAAAAUACCAAAAAGCAAACCUAGGAUAAUUGUUAUAUCUGAUGCCGAAGCAAGAGAAGUAAAAAUAGAUGACAUUAAGUAUAACAAAUUACAUGAAAUACGAAUAUUGACAUACGACGGCCGUGAAGAUGGACCUCUGUCUGGUCCAACAAGGAUAAGACUUAUAAAACCAGAUGAAGUGAUCAAUGUUAUAGCAGCCCAGAGACAAAACAAUGAUUGUGUUGCCACUGUAGCAACAAAUCUUACAAUGUAUGGAGAAACUUAUUAUCACCUUAGAAAUAUUUAUUUAUAACAGAGCAGGCUUGGCUGUAUAUAUUCAAUUCAAAAUAAAAAACAAAAUCGA